GUCUUCUACCACCUUUCGUUGUCAAACAAAACAUACCAUAAGCUAAAAUGGCCCGCACCAAGCAGACGGCUCGCAAGUCCACCGGUGGCAAGGCGCCCCGCAAGCAGCUGGCUACCAAGGCCGCUCGCAAGACCCCCGCUACUGGCGGUGUCAAGAAGCCCCAUCGGUAUCGGCCAGGCACUGUGGCGCUGCGUGAGAUCCGCAAGUACCAGAAGAGCACUGAGCUGCUCAUCCGUAAGCUCCCCUUCCAGCGCCUGGUGCGUGAGAUUGCCCAGGACUUCAAGACCGACCUGCGCUUCCAGAGCCAGGCCGUGCUGGCCCUUCAGGAGGCCGCUGAGGCCUACCUGGUCGGCCUGUUCGAGGACACCAACCUGUGCGCCAUCCACGCCAAGCGUGUCACCAUCAUGCCCAAGGAUAUCCAGCUGGCCCGCCGCAUCCGUGGCGAGCGCGCUUAACUGCACAAGCUAGCAGCUCCCUCUGCCGAUCGUCGGCUAAACCAAAACACGGUGUUUUUAAACACCACCAAAGCUGG